CGGGCUCCCUCCGCUGGCGAACGGGGCGGGCGGGCCGGCCGGCCUCCCCGCUCACACAUGCGCUCACUGUCGGGCGUCGCUCCUGACGUUAGGACGGGGCGCCUGUCCUUGAGCGAAGGGUCAUUGUUUAUAAUGUAGCUGCAUCUGAAGAAGUACAAAGUGGCUUUGUGUCAUGCUGACUAACAACAUAGGGCAUCAUUUCAUGGUACGUCAAGCAAUGAUUCCAAGAAACCUGAAACCGUUUCCCUACAUUUGUGGCAACAGAAUGUUGUCAGGUUACAAAUCUAAAAGCAACAUCAAGGACUCUUACAAAAUUCUUGAGCUUGAGGAAGGAUGUUCCCUUGAUGAUAUCAGAAACUCAUAUCGAAGUCUUGCCAAAAAAUACCAUCCAGACAGCGGUUCUGCCACAGCUGAUUCCGAAGCAUUUAUGAAAGUAGAAGAAGCAUACAGAGUCGUGCUCAGUGAUGUGGCGACCAAAAAGAAAUCAAACGAGAAUAAUGAAGAGGAGGAAGAUCAGUUCAAAUCAAAAGCACCACAGCAUAGACACUACUUGAGUUUUGAAGGCGUUGGUUUUGGAACACCAAGCCAAAGAGAAAAGCAAUACAUGCAGUUUCGAGUAGACCGUGCUACUGAGCAAGUGUUGGAGUACCGGAAGCAAAGACUUGAAAGCCAGUAUGCUGCGACUGACCUAAUGAAAGCCAAAGAUGUGAGGCAGAGCAAAAAGGUGAAAAUAACUCAGGCAGUUGAGCGGUUGGUUGAGGACCUCAUCCAGGAAUCGAUGGCAAAAGGAGACUUUGACAACCUCAGUGGCAAAGGAAAACCUUUGCAGAAAUUUUCAGACUGUCCACAUAUCGACCCUAUGACUCACAACUUGAACAGGAUUCUGAUAGACAAUGGAUACCAGCCAGAGUGGAUCCUGAUGCAGAAAGAAAUACGGGAAACUAUUGAGCGGUUAAGGAAGAAUAUAGUGGCAUCUAGAAGUAAGCUUGGAGGGCCAAUGACACCAUAUAGGCAAAAGCAAUGGAAUCAUAUUUGUGAGCAAUUUAUAGAAGAUAUCAGGAAAUUAAACAAAAGAAUUGACAACUUCAAUUUAGUUGUUCCUAUUCUGAGCAGACAAAUGGUGCACUUCAGUGCAGACAAAGAAAUUGUUCGAGCACAAAAGACUUACGAAGCUUUGAUGGAAAACAGAGAUGCUUCUAAUUCAGACACAAAGGAAAAUGAAGAAGAAAAUGUUAAAAGCUUUGGGUGGAAGUCUUCGCUAUUUAAGUGGUUAAACCUUACACUGAAAUAAGCUAAUACUAAUUGAUCUGUCUCGUCAAGAUUUUGAAUGCACUUUAUUAAUUAAACUUGUAGCACUAGAGAAAUUUCAGGUACACUGAAAAUGUAAAAUCCAGCUGUCCACUCUUACACCAGUUAAAAAGAAUGUGGUUGUCUGAUGUGCAUUUGCAGCUGCUUAAUUGAUGUAUUUGUUAAUAUUGUUAAGGAACAAAUAAAUUCAGUUAUCCUCUUGCA